AUGUUUAGCGAAAUCCAGGUAAUAGCCUCCUUUAACAUUCUGUAUAAAAUAUAUAUUACCUACUCUAGUUUUGUUCUCGAUAAAUCACUGUAUCUUAUCCUUUCCUGACUUCGGCUUCACCUCCACUAAAUAUUCCAGAUCUUUAGUCAUCUCCCCCACUCUAUGUAUAGAGUGGGGGAGAUGACUAAAGAUCUGGAAUAUUUAGUGGAGGUGAAGCCGAAGUCAGGAAAGGAUAAGAUACAGUGAUUUAUCGAGAACAAAACUAUAUAUAUAAUGCUUGGUCGAGAAGGACUCGUUCCAUUUGUCCGCCGUGCAGCCGUGCUCUCAUGUUAUGUAUCACAAGAGCCCUGCGUCAGCGGAAAGGAUUUAGCACAGUCAUCCAGGUGCCGGACUCAUGACUAGUAAGAGUUUGUUACCCCGACUUGUACUGCAUGCAGUACUGCAGUACACCAUGGUGUGGGUCUUCAAACAAACUCUUCAAUAAAUAUGCUAUUUGGGUUCAUGCUCUGUGAUCCAGGGGUAGGCGUUGAGAAAUCCUCAUCAACUUGGCGUUUCACUCUUGGACAUCUGCAUCUUCCAGGUGCUCUAUCUAUCGGCUUCUAAACAGACUACCGCAUCUUCUGCACGUGCAUGGAUAUGUGUGGUGUCAGAUUUUUUUUCUCAGACGAUCCGCUCUACUUAUGAUAGGGUUCUCGAUUUUAUCAUAUAAAACUCUCUACCCUGGCCACCAGUAGGACGUUACCGUUAUCGACAGUGAAGGAUGGGCAUGUAAGACCGACGAAGGUCCCUGCUUCAAGCCUGUCCAAUCUGUUGAACACCGGCAUUUCAUGGUAGCGAUUUUCCGUAAUCUGAAACAGAUAAGUGUCGUCUGUCCGAAAUAAGGCCAUACCAACACUCGUCGCAUAGCAUCUUUCUGGUCAACUCUCCUCUUCCUUAUCUGUGAAUCCAUAUGAGGGGUUUUUCUGUUUCUUAGCAAAAUCAAAUUGGUUGCCUAACCAAUCGCGAUAUUCGAGUCUUGAAGUUUUAGAGGAUGAUAAAACAGUGUCGCUAUACCAAGUUAGGACAGGCUUUGUUCGUAGACCGCCCACGGACCUCGUUUCGCUAGGAACUUUCACAGCUGCACCUGUUGCGGACGCGUGUUGCAUUGUGGUAUUGUUCGGGAUCUCUUGAUCUUGGACGCAGCAUCGUUGCCCUAAUUCCAGCGUUUAUAGUACGGUAAGAAUUUACGGCCAUAGAAAGUCGCAGCAGCGCAACGACCACUUGUUCACUGCCCUACCUCCUUUCGGAUUCUUUAAUAAACGCGAAGGGAAAUGGAGUCCCCACUGUUCAGUACUCGGGGGCUUACUUCGUAUUCGGUAACUUGUUUUGUCGGUAUUGACGCCGUAGUUUAAAGCCUCAGCAACUGACUUCCUGUCCACUCAGUCUUGUUCUCGUUAGCAAGCCAAGACGGCUCCUGGCUAUUUAACCUCAUCAGGGCCCGCGAAAUUUGUACUUUUUAGUUUUUAAGACCUGGUUUAUCUCAAGGUGCAUUGGCAGCGCGCAUCUCAUAAGUAUGUGCUUACAUGUUUUAUUUGCUGGCUACCUACACUUCUCAUACCGGACGGCAGUCGGCAACUGCAUUCUUCAGUUUGCCUAUAGCAGUGCAAUCAGUACGUGCGAUGCUCCUAUAAUUAUCUAAAUACGAGGUUCAACGUUCUCUCUCUAGAUACCGAUUUCUGAUCUCGUCCACAACUACCCCGUUAUAAUCAGCUUGAUCGACAGUUUGCCUCAAUUUUCGUUGAAUCGACAUUUUAAGACACUUUUGCUGUUGUGUACUUCCCGGUGCGUUUGCGCUCCUGGGAUAUGUAUGUGUUAUAAUGGGCUUGUGCAGAUAAAGCGAAACGCCUCCUUUCCGUUAUCGUCGUGGAACUUUUGUGAAGGCCCUGUUGUAUCAACUUCCCCACGCCCCAUAAUAUGAAUAAUCAUAAAGUUCACCACACUGGCACAUGAGGUUGAUGGAUUUCAGAUUAAGUAUUCGUAUCAACUUUCGGACCGAGUCUAAAAAGUCUUGUCCUGAAACAUUUGCUCCACGCCGACGCGUCAAUUUUUGAGAAAAUUAAAAAGCUUAAUAAUAAUCUUGACCGUCACAAGCUUUGAGGUCCACAUUAGUAUAAGCGUAAUCUCAGUGAAGACUUGCUCAUUAAUUCCUUUUCUUCCACGUCCAUCAUGUUUCAAUGACGAGACAAAGUCAAGAGGGCUUGAAAUGUUCGUGGGCCCAAUACCUAGCAGAACUAGACAACUCGUAUCUUUAACUCUAAAAAGACCAGGCUUUGAAGCUUCUCCAGUCGUGUCAUGGCUAAUUCUCAUGUGUCUAACCAGUACGUCGAUGUUGUUUGGCGGGAAACUCUAUCUGCGCGUGACACGUCCGGCAUUGAAUUUGUGACAGACGGUUCAACAAUGUGAUUGGUAGAAGGAACCAGCAUGCCUGGACCUAUAUUCCUCAGUUGCCACGUCAUACUUUACACUCAUUGCAUCUCACUUUGGAGUCACGGACUGCGUGAGUAGGCGAUCUAGUGCAGCAUGCUCGUUGUUAAAGGGGGUUUUGUCAUCUGGUUGUGUCGGUAACCAUGUGUUCUUUUGGCAUCCCGGUGUCCAACCGUGACUAACCGAGUGAGGACAGACGUGUGAGGUAUACUCCGAGAUCGUAAUAGCUUGUGGUGUGAGUGUACUAGUGGGUACGUAGGUGUCCAACAAGGCUAAUCUGGGCCGCAAGCUUGAGUCGCAGUGAGCAUGUGUUCAGAGAUUCGUCAUUAAUGGCACCGGUUCGAAGUACGUCAGUCUUGCGUUAUUGUUGCUUCUGAGGUGGCUGCACUAAUUUGUUCUACGUGAGUCGUGUAAAAUCGCAAAGAUAUAAUAAGAACGAGAUCUCCUGUCGCGGCCUGGCAUUAGGACAGUAGCUGGUUUCGGCGCUGCGUGCUUUUUCGAUCGUCUGAUUUUCCCAUUUUCCUUAGUUUGUAGGUGGAAAGUUUGUUCUACAUAAAUAGUGGCUUUUUGGUCAAGAUGACCCGAGGUUGUUGGAAGCCCUCACUGGAAAACCAGACUGGGGUUUAGCUACAUUUCCAACAUAGUAGUACUACAUGCCUAUUUAAGAACACGUAUUUUAUUCCACAGUACAGGUUUUGGUAAUUCUGACGUCGCUGUCUCGACUUCACUCAGUUAGAGGUAACUCGCCGAUUUCGUUGAUAUGGCUGUUGUACAGCCCAACAAAUUGCUGCUAUUUUGACUGACUUUUCUUCCUGCUUAAUUCAUGAGGCUCUCUGGAAAAGUAUCUGCUCCGAUGACAGACCAUCCAUGACUUCUGGUUCGCUGUAGCUCGGACGAACUUAUUGGUACAUGCGUUCGCCGAAAAUGUUUUUUUACAAAACUCACAUUCGUUCUUGGGGUAUUAUCCAAGCGUGUACUCGUUUUGCAUUGAAGAUGGCGAAUUACUGACUUCACCGUCGACAGUAAUGUUGAUUUGCAUUCUUCCUGAAUGUUCAAUUCUGUCAAUAUUUCCUCUGUAUCUGUGUUUAUGGAUGAUCUAGCUCUGACGGCCUUUGCCGAAACACCUGUUCUCUGGUAUAAUUGUCUCAUCCAUUAGGUCCUGCGGCUUUUCGUGAUGAAUUUGAUACUCUCUUGACCUGCGUCCUUACCUUUGUGCUAGGGGAACACUUAUUAUAGGCGAUUUAUGAGAUCUCUUCUGGAGUAACUUCGACAGAUGACUGUUAGACAUGGUCUCGAACAAACAACACCACGGAUCUCAGCCCGCUAAGCGACGAUGGAAGACUUCUUAUGCGUAGCAUUCAGUUAAUGACCUGUACAUCGCAACGACCGCCAACUGCCUCGGGGACCAGCAAUCAACUUGUCACAUUCUCAUUACGACAUUCGAGAGACACGACCGGGCCAGUAGAGGGUAUGCAGGCACAAUUGUUUUAAUGGCUGUGUUGUACUUCCUUGGACUAACAAUGGCCUCUUUGGGUAGUAUAGCUGUUUUCGUAUGCGAUCUUUCUUAAACACUGUUGAUCGAAGACUCCAAGCUUUCGCGUGCCUUCAACUCACAGUAACUCACAUUCUCAUGUGUGUUCAAGCACCUGUUCUACCCUAGUCCCGUUGUUUCUGUCCUUAAAUGUCAAAGCGAUUCUAUUUCGACCCCAGACAUAAAUUAUUGGGCGUUACACCGGUUUUCCUUGUACCUAUGAUCUCUUGCUGCUAAUUAACGUCGGCGACAGCUGCCUAAUCCGAAAAUAAAGUACGUCUUUUCUAUAAUGCCGCCGACAUUAAACAGCGUCCGUACGAUCGAAUCUCACAAAAUCGCCUUAUUGUUGGACAUUUUUGUCAUAAUUCGUAGGCACGAGAAAUUGUUGUAGUCUUUGCAAAUCGCCAAAACGCACUGCGCCGUUCCCGGAGAAUUUGCGCAUCAGCUGUAAGUUUCCCAAGCCAUGGCACUCGUUAUCUGUGUCUGGUCCUCUGUGGGUUAGUUUUGACCACAUUAUCGUUUGACAAAGUAGACAUGAAAGACGAGACCGGGUACUUUUAAGGGGCACCGUGUUGUGGUCAUUAUCGGCUAUGGUAAUCGUCUGCAGAGUCCCGUUCGUCCUUCAGAGCUAACUUGAGGAUAUUUGAAAGCGUCUACAUUUUCGUGACCAUUCUCGAAGGAGGCGACGUCGAAAACUAUUAUGCCUACUGAAUAUAAGGUCACUUUUUGAUUUAAGAAGCCAAUUGUUGUUGGCCUCUUCAAGUGUCCAAGUGCUUGACGAGGGAUGACGAUGCAGCUAAUGUGUCCGCCGUUUUGCCUCGUAGGUUUUCUGCCACUUCUAUGGCGCUUCAAAGGGUGAGAAUGAUGAAGCGGGCGUGGCUGUCAAAGCACGCGAUAUCCGAAGAUGCCUAUCGAGCAAGCAGCCUCGCCUGCGGCGCAGUUACGUUAUUGCUUUCGGGAAAUACGCCGCAUGUGCAAUUUGGGCCUCCUGUCUGCAGAGGUCCCCUGCCUGCGGAAAAGCAUUUUUUGUUCUGGCGUCUUACAAACGACUGGACCAGGGCGGUCUGUGCAUUCGACGCUUUUCUAAAAAAAUUAGUGGGUCUUCUUUUACUGUUCAAAUCGGAUACUGCGCCUACAUUAAAAAAUUGCGCAAGUGGGAUGUUAACAAUACCUGUGUAACUGAAGGCUAUCUGUGAUUAGAGAUAAUCGUGCAAACAAAGACCAUGCUGCUGCCGAAUUAAUUGGGGUUAAUAACACUAUUGAUAGCCAGCGUCACCUCCACAGUAUUUCUCGAGUCGUGAGUCAGUAAUUCAAGCAUUGUGAAUCUACUAGAACCUGCGAAAGUAGUCGGCCAGCACAACGGCAGGACGGUAGGGCAUAAGCCUCUAGAAAUUAGCAUGCUCAUGGUGAUUCUUGACUGACUGUAGUGCGGGGGUGAGGAGGCUGCUCCAUGAUAAACUGACUUGGGCCUGGGGCUGCGAUAUCGCUGACUUGACGACAGAUAAUCCCCCAAUUGCUACCUCGGUAUCUCUGUGGCGGUAGCACCUCUAUUAUUGAUUAUGAGUCGUAAUGCGAUCGUCUGCGUGAGCUAGAGACCCUCAGCUCCAAGACAACGUAAAAAUACCCAUCUCCGUUACUCAAUCAGGACAGAUUGGUUUAGGCCAACCCCGUGUUGCUGUUAUUGUUGGGCGAGAAGCCCCUCCUGUCGAUGCCGUGGACUUUCACCAAGUCCGACGAAAGCGCGUGAAUCAAACUCCUUUGGUAUUCAAAAUCACGUUAGGCCAUAAUUAACUAAAGAGUUUCUGCGUGGAGCAGCCAGACAGGAGACAAUUUCAUGUAUUCGAAUAUUAACUCCCCCAUCACUCCCUCCAGUAUACCAGUUUAGGGCUCCAUUUUCGGCCUGGGCGCCGAUGGCUGGAACCGCUCCCACCGCUGCUGCUGUGGGGCACACGGUGGACAUCAUCGAAAUCGAUGGUCGAACUAUGCACUACGUCGUGAUGCCGCUUUUUCUUGUGACCUUAUCGGUGUCUAGGCACGCCCGAGGUACUACAGCUGCAUAGCCCUCAACUACAUAUUGCCAAACCCGAGGUCCUUUCCCGAAGGUCGUUCAACUAUCCGCCAGCUUCAGACUCGCCUGCUAGCCCACAGGCAGUUGUAGUCUUACCGGGGUUUCUAUCUUCCCAGGAUGAACAUGAAGCUGGCGGUAAAUGCAAUCAAGAUAGCCUGCGUAGCUUCUCAGCCGCGACAUGCUUGAACAGCCUGUAAUCCGCUAAAAGCGCGCUAUGGAAAAUAGUCUAAAAGUUAAUUCCUGAUGAGCUGACACCGUCCUGAUACCGUGUUUUUAACUUUCGUUGAAAACACCUCAGCCCCAACUGGUCUCAGCUGGCGGAUAUGUGUCCUCAACCACCUUUUUGCCUUCUGACCUGGGGACUAAGCAGUGUAUAGCCUAACAGUGUCCACUACAGACGCCCUUCAGCUGGAACAUGCGGUAACUUGAGCAUUCCACUCAGUAGAAUCUGCAUCAUCUGCCGCCAGGCGCUUAGCCUGCGGUGUAAUUUUCAUCCUGCAUGAGAUCAUUCUCUCAGGCAAGUGACAACAUACGUGUCACAGAGAGUGCCAAUUUGCCUGGCCGUUCUCUCCGGUGUGUGUCGUUUCCAGCCUAAUUGUCCCUUUCUCAAACCUAGUAUUCCGCGCUUUCAGCACGUUAAUACCUCGGUCAGCAGCGUGGUAGCAGGAUACAUCUCGGUCACCGCUUUUGACUUUUUCCUGCAAGCAGCCGUAAUCCUUUUUUGUUUUGUUCUCAGGACAGAGUGAUGAUAACUGGUCGGCAUCUAGUUCGUGAUGUACUCUGCUCACGGUGCAGUGCAAAGCUGGGGUGGAUGUACGAGCACGCGAUGGAAGAUAGCCAGCGCUACAAAGAGGGCAAAGUGAUUCUUGAGCACGCCCUCAUCGAGGAAACCGAGGGCUUCCCCGAUCCACUGGGUGAUGAGAUCUGA